AUGGCCAGACACUCCCCCAACACCACUGUCCAUCAACUCGCCCAAGAAUAUGCCCCGAUCAUCAAGGGUAAGACAAUUAUUACCACGGGUGUAAGCCCUGGAGGUCUAGGUGUAAUUUUCGUUGAAGCCAUCGCCGUAGCCGAGCCAGGGCUGGUUAUUCUUGCUGGUCGUAGCAUCGGCAAGCUGCAACAGACAGCAGACCACUUGGCAGGGAAACUUCCCAACCUCAAGACAAGACUUCUGACUCUUGAUCUGAGUUCUCUCAAGUCUGUUCGCUCCGCUGCGGAGGAAGUUAAUGACUGGACUGACGUUCCCAUGAUUGAUGUAUUGGUCAACAAUGCGGGGGUUAUGGCGACCGACUUCAGACUAACAGAGGAUGGUUUUGAAAGUCAAUUCGCUUCUAACCAUAUCGGCCACUUCUUAUUCACAAAUCUCAUCAUUGACAAGAUACUUGCCUCGGAAGCACCUCGUGUGGUCAGUGUUUCUAGUAACGGCCAUCGAUUGGGAGCCAUCCGCUGGGGUGACCCUCAUUUCAGCAACGGAGAUAUAUACAAUAAAUGGAGCGCAUACGGCCAAUCAAAGACAGCUAAUAUGCUGUUUGCCAUCUCGCUGGCCGAAAAGCUUGGUAGUCGUGGACUACAGGCUUACAGCCUUCACCCAGGUGCCAUACUUGAGACGUCAUUGGCGAGCCACCUUGAAGGAUUGGAAAGUUUAGUCGAAGCAGAUCGUGCCUUAGGAGAUCCAUGGGGUUGGGUCGAUUGGUCUAGCGUUCCAGUAUCCGCUGAAGUCGGCGCCGCAACACAUGCCUUUGCUGCUUUCGAUCCCGAUCUCAAAGAACAUAAUGGGGUUUAUCUGCUAGAGUGCCGCUUGGCGGACCCUUUCACCGAUACUGUGAGACCAUGGGCUACAAGUUCAACGGAGGCGGAGCUAUUGUGGAGGUUAAGUGAGGAGCUCGUUGGGCAGAAGUUCUCAUAUUAA